AUGCCUGCCGAAAAAUCAAAAGUCUCUCGACUUCCUCAAACUGCCCCUUAUGGAAUAUCAAAAGACAACAUCAUUAAACAUAGUAGAACUCGUUCCAGUAGAAAACCUCAAGCUACUGAAUCUAACAAUAAUAACAAUACAAUCACACCAAUGCCAACAAACAUUCCCACAGUACAACCUGUACCCACUGUUCAAGCCAUUCAACCUGUACAAUCAAUUCAACCAGUCAUGCCAACGCCUAUGAUUCCUGUCGUACCCAUGACACAAGAAGCUCAUAAUGUACCAAUGAUACCGGUACCUGAUGCUGAAGCUAUGGACGUCACAACCGUGCCAGUAAGAAAGGUGAACAAGCGAACUAUUAAACAACGUAUUGCUGAAUCAGGAAGAAAAAGAAUUAUCAAACAAUUUAUCAUCUCAAACACGGCGCAUUCCUUAUCCGCAUUCAAUAAUUUAAACAAUGAAGAUGAGAGCGUUACCGCCUUGAGAUGUACUAUGAAAAUUGCUGACGUAUCGGUGAUCACCUUAAUCGAUUGUGGCGCCUCUAAAACAAUAAUCACCAAGGAUCUUGCCGCUAAAUUAGGUUAUGCCAUUGAUGGAGCCUCUACAACCAAGUUUGUUCUGGGAAAUAAUCAAGAAUAUGCAUCCUUAGGAGAAACACAAGAACCUGUAAUCAAUAUGAUGAACAAGAAAAAUUCGGCUUUGGAUUUUCUCUUACCGGAAUAUGAAGAAUCUGAAUCAGAUGAAGAAACUGAAGAUGAAUCAGAAGAGGAAAGUGAAUCCGACGAUGAUGCUGAAUUCAUGACUAUAACCAAUGAUUUUCACUGUAUGACAACCAAGGAUGACAGCCAAGUCCAUUACCAGGAUAAUCAAGUACGAAUCAAGAAGGAGGGAAAACUCAUUAUCCCAGCUAAAUCCUCAGUCCCUUAA